CGCGAUAUUUCUUAUUUAGAAUUUUUCAAUUUUUUUAAUUGCGCUUAUGGGUUUUCUGUGUGGCAACUAUGAAUGGACAUUGCCUGUCCAUAGGCAUUUUUGACACUCUGAUAUGUGUGCUGUUCUUUAUUGGCUGAUAGAGUUGUUGCAAAGAUAUUGGAAACUAAUUCCGACGGUUUUGGGAAUCUCUCGAAGGGUAUUCACAUUUCAAGAUGAUUGUGAUCUAUGUAGGAACAAUAAUCAUCAAUAGCUACAAAAAUCACUAAAAACAAAGAAAUACUAAAUAAAAACACCGUUCUACAACUGCACUACAAUUCAGGUGAGGAGGAAUAAAAGUGGACAAAAUCACUAACGAAGUCAAUUAACGCGCCGUACAAGUAGCGUCGCAAAGCUAAAGGGGGACGUGAGAACGACAUACAUGGAAGUAGAAUCUUAAAUAAUCGCAUGGAAAUGUCACCGCCGAAAAGCUGUGCAGUCUGUGGCGACAAGGCGUUGGGAUAUAAUUUCAAUGCUGUAACCUGUGAAAGCUGCAAGGCUUUCUUUCGAAGAAACGCAUUGGCAAAGAAGCAAUUCACCUGUCCGUUUAGCCAAAAUUGUGAGAUUACAGUGGUUACUAGACGAUUUUGCCAAAGAUGUCGGCUGAAAAAGUGCUUAGAUAUUGGCAUGAAAAGCGAAAAUAUUAUGUCUGAAGAAGAUAAGCUUAUAAAACGGCGUAAAAUUGAGUGUAACCGUGCAAAGCGGCGACUCAACGAAAAUAAAAUUGGUUCUCUAGCAGAUAGCAUAGGAUUCGAUACAACCUCUCAUGAUUCGCAAAGUUCCUUUGACAGCGGCAAAGGCACGGCUAGUAAUAAUAGUGGAUCUGCCGCUAUUACUAAUUUGCCGUCGCCAAUUGGUGGCACUGCACCAAUACGUUCGCCGAUCUUAUUAGAGUCGGACAAUGACAUGAAACCUGAGCUAAUGACGAGUGAGGAAAUGGUAGAAUUUAUUGUUGGGGAUCCUGAUCGUGCGUCGCAGGCUAUUAGCAAACUAAUGCGUACGAAAGAUGAAGCACUUUCUAUCGUGGAGAAGAUUCUCUCAUCGCAGAAAGAUUCUUUGCGGCUAGUAUCACAUCUGAUUGCAUUCCCAGGGGAUGCACUUAAAAUAAUAAGUAAAAUAAUGAACUCGCCAUUUGAUGCGCUCACAGUGUUCACGAAAUUUAUGAGCUCACCUACUGACGCCUUAGAAAUAAUAUCAAAAAUUGUAAGUUCGCCGCAAGAUGUUGUGCAAUUCAUUCGAAACCUUAUGGAAUGUCCAGAAGAUGCACUCGAUAUAAUGAAUAAAUUCAUGAAUACACCAGCCGAAGCAUUACGAAUAAUCAAUAAAAUAUUCAACACUUUAAAUCCGCCAACACGCAGUGAUGAAUUGCAUAAACUACUAUUGGAUGCAACAAAAGAUAAUAAGGAAACAUCAUUCCAGUCAAUACAGACACACUCAGAAUCGAAAGGAUCAGAUUCCGGACACCAUUUGCUGCAAUCGAUGCUUGAGAAUAGUCCUGUUAUGACACAUGAUAUCGCUAACAAGUUAUCGCCCUCUAAUCAGCAAUCAAUUUCGGUUAAUUCAGAUAUAAUGGUGGAAUCGCCUAUAAACAUACAAGAAAUGUCAAUAAGAACGGAUACGCCGGAUCAAACCUUGUCGUCUAUUCAAUCUGAAUCAAUACAAUCAACUCCACCUUCAAUGUCCACAGAUGUGCUAUCCCCUUCACAAACAAUGCAUAUUGGUUCUCCAGAGUGCUCUGUUAUUACACAGGAUUUGCAAUACAACUCGCCAACAAGCUUACACGCAGACAUUGUACUACCAAGUACCUCAGCUGGCCUGAUAAAUCCUAAUUCUCCUACAGAUAUUACGUCUGAAAGUGCAGACUUCAGUAAUGAACAUUUCGAUAUAAAAACAUUUAUACAAAAUUCAUUUCCUGAAAACGCAAGUGGGGGCGAUAGCUUAAAUUCACUAGAAUCUGUGCUAUCCGAAGUGAUACGAAUCGAGUUUCAGGCAUUUAACAAUUUGCCGCCAGAGCCACGAGUUAAACAGGAACAAUUUCAGUAUCAGUCAAACCAUAUGACGGUGCACAAUUCAGUACAACAGCAACAAUGCGGCUACAGUGUUUACAAUACACCACCGCAGCAAAAUGUAUGCUCGCCAUCCGGCGAAAUGAUGAGACGUGACCUCAACGAAGCAGAACAGGUGAAGUUGCGCGAGCUGAAAAUGGCAAGCGAAGCACUCUAUUAUCCCAUGGACAACGAUCUAUCUCUUUUAAUGAUGGGUGACGAUAGAAUUAAGCCCGAAGAAACACAUCAGGACCCGAAACUUUUGCAGGUCAUUAAUUUAACGGCAGUAGCAAUAAAACGUUUAAUAAAAAUGGCUAAAAAGAUUAGCGUAUUUCGUAACAUGUGCCAGGAAGAUCAAGUAGCACUACUGAAAGGUGGCUGCACUGAAAUGAUGCUAAUGCGCUCCGUUUUGACCUAUGACAAUAACCGCAAUACGUGGAAGUUACCGCAUGUUUCGAAUGCAGCACAUUUGCGUGCAGAGAUUCUAAGGGCAGCUAAGGGCAAUAUUUAUGAAGAAAUUUUAAAAUUUGUUAGCACCUUCGAUGAGAAAUGGCGCUUGGACGAGAAUAUCAUUUUGAUACUGUGUGCAAUUGUGCUCUUUACACCGACACGCGCGUGUGUAAUUCACUCGGAUGUCAUUCGACUGGAACAGAACUCUUAUUAUUAUCUUCUGCGAAGAUAUCUAGAGAGCAUCUAUUCGGGCUGUGAAGCAAAGUCAGCUUUUAUUAAGUUAAUACAGAAAAUCUCCGAUAUUGAGCGUCUGAAUCAAUUUGUAAUAGGUGUUUAUUUAAAUGUGAAUCCUUCACAAGUGGAGCCGUUACUGAGGGAAAUAUUUGAUUUGAAAAAUCAUUAGAAUGCUGCAACGAAAAUACGGCUGACUUUCUAAAUAUAUAUUUAUACAAUACAAUGUAUUGAUGCGACAUCAAUACUGUUUUCAUGCGCUGUAAUGUAUCUUUAACUAUUAUAUUUUUUUUUUUGUUGCUUUUAGGGAAAUAUGACAAUUUAUCAAUUCUAACUAUCAUACGUAUAGAUGGUCAGCCGCAUUUUGAAUGCAUCAGUGUGCAUAGUUUUAGUUUUUUUAUAAUAAUAAAAUUGUUGAAUGUAAAGCGAAAGCAACUAUAUAAAUAUUACCUGCACUUUAAUGUAUAAAAAAAGUAGAAUUGUAUCAUCAACUCGGGUACACGUGAUAAAUGUACAACACUAAUUAGUCGUUAAAAACUUAAAGUUAUGCUAUUUUUAAUAUUAUACACGGAUAAAUAGAAUGCAGAGUUAUAUAUGUAUGUAUACAAUAUUAUGAAUUUAAUUUGAGCAAACAAUACAUCACCUAUUCACUGUUAGACGGCACACACACGUUCGUUGUUUCAAAUGUGCAAUCUAUAGAGCCUGGAUUAAAUCUAUAUAUUUAAAUAAAAACAAGAGUCUAUUUUGUGUAACAAUGGAA